GAACACGGAGCUUGCUCGUGGCGUGGUCCAUCUGUCGAUUUUUAAUCGACGGCAACAGAUUUUCCACUCUUUUUUCAUGUUAUCUUUGGAUAUUCCUUUCCUCAAUCACCACGUAAAAAGAAAACUCAUCGGAUAAUCCUAAGCUCGGUAUACAAUCAUGGCUAGAUACGGCCAGCGUCCGGAAAAUGCGCUCAAGCGAGCGACCGAGUUUAUUGAGGUGGGGAAGCAAGCCCGAGCUUUGGACACCCUGUACGAGGUGUUCAAGAACAAGAAAUGGGUGUUCAGCUGGAGCGAAAGUGUGCUGGAACCCAUAAUGUUCAAGUACUUGGAACUGUGUGUCGAAUUGAAGAAGUCGCACAUAGCCAAGGAAGGAUUGUUCCAGUACCGAAAUCUCUUCCAAUCGGUCAACGUCGGUUCCCUAGAGAACGUGAUUCGAUACUACUUACGAACGGCAGAAGAGCGGACGGAAGCGGCAAGGGAGCAAUCGCAACAAGCUGUUGUGGACAUCGAUGAUCUGGACAACCUGGAAACUCCAGAAAGUAUUCUUCUCAGUGCUGUAAGUGGUGAAGAUGCCCAAGACCGAAGUGAUAGGACCAUUCUCACCCCUUGGGUCAAGUUCCUUUGGGAGUCUUAUUGCCAGUGCCUCGAACUUUUGCGCACAAAUACCCAUGUAGAAACUCUUUACCAUGACAUUGCCCGGAUGGCCUUUGCUUUCUGCCUCAAGUAUAACCGCAAGACUGAGUUCCGUAAACUAUGCGACAAAUUGCGGAAACAUCUGGAGGACAUCCAGAAGCUGACGCCCCAAGUGGCUAAUGUGUCCAUCAGCAAGCCGGAGACGCAGCAGUUGAAUCAGGACACUCGCCUGGUGCAGCUUGACUCUGCAAUUCAGAUGGAGUUGUGGCAGGAGGCGUAUAAGGCGAUCGAGGACAUCCACGGUUUGAUGAACCUGGCCAAGAAGUCACCAGUGCCCAAGACGAUGGCCAACUACUACCAGAAGCUGGCCCUUGUCUUCUGGAAAGCUGGCCACAACCUCUUCCACGCCGCGGCCCUGUUCAAACUCUUCCAACUGUCCAAGGAGAUGAAGAAGAACAUCACUCAGGAGGAGCUGUCUAAGAUGGCCUGCAGGGUGCUGAUCGCCACCCUGUCCAUUCCGCUGCCAUCCGCCCACCCUGAGUUUGACCGCUUCAUUGAGACGGACAAGAGUCCUCUGGAGAAGGCUCAGCGAUUGGCCGUCCUCCUGGGACUCUUCCAGCCACCAACUAGGAAGUCUCUCCUCAGGGACAUCCUCCGAAUGAAUGUCAUCAACUUGGCCACGCCCCAUCUGCAGGAGCUGCAUCUGUGGCUUGAAGAGGAGUUUAAUCCUCUGCAGCUGUGUACCAAAGUACACAGCAUCAUUGAAAAAAUCAGGGCAGACGAAACUGCCACUGGGCUUGUGCAGUACAUCCCUGCCCUUCAAGAUGUGACCCACAUCAGACUUGUUAGACAGGUGUCCCAAGUGUACCAGACUAUUGAGAUUCCACGACUGGUUGAACUGGCCUGUUUUGCCACUCCUUUCCAUCUUGAGCGUCUUCUUGUUGAUUGCGUCCGGCACAACGACAUGCAGAUUCGCAUUGAUCACCGCAACAGCUGUGUGCAUUUCGGAAUGGAUCUGGCACAGUCCCAGCGAGAGGACAAGGCGGAAGGCCCAACCCUGCAAAGUAUGCCCUCGGAGCAGAUACGCAAUCAGCUUAUCAACAUGGGCUCUGUUCUAUGCCAGUCGGUUAAGAUCAUUGAACCACUGAAGAAAAAGAACGAGAAAGCCAAGGCGAUGCAGACGCUGGUGCAACACUACCAUGAGACAAAGGUGCGUGAGCACCGUGACGUCCUUAACCGCAGGGUCAUUAUUGAAGAACGCAAGGAGAUGUUGGAGCGGCUCAACACUGUCCGAGAAGAGGAGGAAGCGCGUCGACUGGAGGAGUUGGCCCGGCAGCAGGCCAUGGCCGAGCAGAAGCGGCUUGCCCAGGAACGGCAGGAGCGAGAACGCAAGCGGCAGGAGAAUGAGCUGCAGCAGAUCAAAGACCGUACCCUCAAGGAGAAGAUGCAGCAGAUUUCGCAGACCAGCCACGGUCAACGCAUUCUGCAAAAGCUGCAGGACGAUGAUUUGAAAAAACUAGACGCCGAUGAAAUUGCCAUGAGAGAAGUGGAGGAGCUGCAGAAGGAACGGCGAGAGCUGCAACAAAAGCUCAAGUCCCAGGAGAAAAAGGUGGAUUACUAUGAGCGUGCUAAGAGGCUGGAGGAAAUUCCUCUUUUGGAAAAGUCUUUCGACGAGAAGAAGGAACAAGACAUGAAGUUCUGGGAAGCUCAAGAAAAGCUGAGGAUUGCCCAGAUGAAGGAGGAGCGGGUGCUAGCUGUGCAAACCAAGCAGCGUUUGGCCAAGAUAAUGGCCGACAAGGAGCACUUUGUUUCAAAGCUCAAGGAAGAGCGGCGGGCCGAAUUCAAGGCCAAGGAAGAGGCCUUUAAGGCAAGCAUGGCCGAGAUGCGUGUCAAGCUGCUGGCCGAGCGCAAACAGCAGCGCAAGGAUCGCCGUCGUCAAGACUGGAUUCGUGCCAGGGAGAUGGAGGAAGAGCGCCUUCGUCGGGAGGAAGAGGAACGCCUCCAAGAGAUCGAACGUAAACGCCGCGAAGAGGAGGAGGCUCUUGAGCAGAUACGCCGAGAAAAGGAGGAGGAAGAACAUCGUGAGAGAAUGGAGAACCUGGAAAGGAUUGCCAUCAAGCAGAGAGAGCGCGAACGCGAGAUCGAGGAGCGCACCCGCGCGGAGCAGGCCGCCGGCCGAGACCGGGACCGUGGUGGUGAACGAGAUACGGGCUCGAAGAGCUGGCGGCGUGAUGAGCGCCCUGGAGAUGUUGCCCCACGACGUCCUCCACCCGAUUCAGACUCUUGGCGCAGCAGGGGUCAGUCACCACCUUCUCGAGGCAAGGAGGAGGCCUGGAGGCCAUCUGGAGAACGACGAAUCAUUGAUCGAGAUGAUCGAAGAGACGACCGCCGAGGAGAUGAUAGGAGAGACGAUCGCCGAGGAGAUGAUAGGAGAGAUGAUCGUAGGGAUGAUAGAGACAGGGACAGACGUCCUCCUAUGUCAAGGGAUUUCCCACGUCGAGCCAUGGGUGACGGUGGAAGCUGGAGGUCUGCACAGCCUGCAGGUGAAGGCGAACCUCGUGAAGUGCCCGUUAGGAGAAUUGAAAUCAAUCGUCGUGAUGACCGUGAUCGCGGAGAUGACCGUGGGGGUCGGGAGGCGUGGGGUCGCGGAACUGACCGACGAGAUGAGCCCAGGGAUGAGCGUCGAGAUGAGAGACGUUUUGAAAGACGCGGAGAUGAUAGGCGAGCGGACGACCGUGGUGGUCCUGGCGGUCCAAGGCUAGACUGGAGCCGCGGCGGCGGAGCGUCUGCCGAAGCUCCUCGUCGCAAGGAGGAACGCGAGGAAAAGAAACCAGCAGAGGAAAUUGCAGAACGACCGGAACGUGUUGCGCCACCACCCCCUGCAGCAGAGGAGGGUGACGACGGAAGCUGGCAGCGUGUCAGCCGCAAGUGAACAGGUCCGACUGCCACAUUAGUUGAAGACGCCACUUGCAUUCAGUUGAAUUGUUGCUCUGUAUAAAAUUCCAAAAGCAAGUGGUCAUCAUGAAUUAGGUUCAUUUUGGUCCUCGUCAAUGAGAGGUUUGUGCUCUACUCUUAUUUCUAGCAUCCCUAUCUCAUUUUGUUCACCCUGGCUGGUAUCAAUAAAGGUUUCUUAUUUACGGAUUAAA